AUGGCAUUCACCAACGACUCUUCAUCCUCGAAGGCAGUGUUAUUCGCCUUACUUGCCCUUGCAUCCCGAUAUCGCAACGGACUCCAGUCACAGGCUGUCCAAUUCAAAACCGCUGCUAUCACUGAACUCACGCGCUCAGCAGAGCGUAGUUCGCUGAGCACGACGGAAGCAGCCCAACAUGUCGCAGCAGGCAUGCUUCUUUGCUCUUUUGAGAUUCAUGAUUCGUCCGAGACUGGUGGACAGUGGCUAUGGUACGUCCGCGGAGUAAAGGAUGUCAUCAAGGUCAGCCGUCUUGAUGAGCAUGCCGACAAAAGAUUCGUCUCCGAGAUGCUCGAGUGGGUGCAUUACCACGAUGUCGUUGCGCAAUUCAGCAUCCUCCACUGGCGGCAUCGGCAAGUGGAAAAUAUUUUUGCUGAGCAAAUCAGCUCUCGAGGUCAAGGAGAUCUUCUGUUAGAUUCAAAGGGGGCUCAACUCACGAAUCCUGCCCGUCCAUCGCAUCGCGUUCUGCAGUUUCUGACCGAGAUUUUCAACGUCCUCUUCCAAGCAUUCGAGCACAAGGGCAAAAUGGAAAAUUAUGUCGGAAUUUUGACUACACUCGAAGGCAACGCGCGCACUAUCGUGGAGGUGUCUGAGAAGUACGAUGCCCAAAUGAACAACACCGCGACGAAUCCAAUCAAGUUGUAUCAAAUCGCAAUACUCAUCUAUCUCGCACGGGUAUCCGAAAGCAUUUCAGGGAAGCCUCGUGAUAUACAGGGUCUCAUAGACAAAGCGUUUGCAUUUCUAGAUCGUCUAUGGGCUCAUGAGCACCAGUUCCCUCUUCUAAUCGUUGGUAGCGAAGCCCGAACCGACGAGCAGCGAGCUAUUAUCCUCAAUCUUGUCAAGAGGUCGGAGAAGAAUAGAUACGGCAGAAGCCUGGAUUGUCUGAGAUGGGGUUUGCAUGCGCUCUGGAUACAGGAAGAUCUCGCUGCAGAUCAGGAGAUUGUGCCAAGCUACGUGGACAGGUUCAACGCGAUUAUGAGUAAAACUAGGUUUAUUCCAAGCUUGGCAUAA